UGUGACCGCCGACGUGCCUGUCACGGCUGACGUCAUUGUGGGCGCCAAAUUUUUAAUCCGUUGGAGAAAGGCGCGAGCGGCUUGACGGGAGAAGAGGACAGGAGAGCGGGGAGAGAGGAGUGAAGGUGGGCCGCUGUGCUCUCACAAUGAAUCAAAACACAGGCGGCCACAGAUCUUUGCAGUCUCACAGAAUUAGUGAAGCAAACAGAUAUGGACUAGCUACACCUCAAAGUGUGUCAAGGAACCCAUGGCUUGGUACGGGAACCUCUGAGAAAAGAACUAGCUUCUUUGGAAGAAGGACAAGCAGCAUUGGAACCUUUUCUGCAAAUCUCUAUGGUACCUGUGGAGGAACAGAAAAGAUAAAAGAUCCACGACCACUUCAUGAUAAAUCUUUUGUCCAGCAGUGUAUUCGGCAACUUUGUGAGUUUCUAGGGGACAAUGGUUAUCCACACUCUUUUUCGGUGAAGAGUUUGCAGUCACCCACGGCUAAGGAGUUUCUGAAGAUUUUCUCUUUUCUGUACAACUUAAUUGACGCAUCUUAUCAACCACCCGAUUCAAAGUUUGAGGAAGAAAUCCCUAGAAUCUUCAAAGUUCUUGGGUAUCCCUUUCCAUUGUCAAGAAGUUCAAUGUAUACGGUUGGAGCUCCACACACUUGGCCACAGAUUCUCGGCGCAUUAAUUUGGUUGACUGAUGCUGCCAAGCUAACCAAGUCCAUCAAUCCAGAUAAAAUCCUGUUUGGUGCAGACAAGGACUUGGAUGAAGUGGAGAGUGUGACUGAAGACGGUGUUCAUCAUAACAGGCUGUUCCUUAGUUACACGAGUAAGUGUUAUUCACGUCACCUUUCCGGCAUUGAUGACCAUGAAGACCUGGACAUGGAAAACUUGUCUUUGCUGAAGCAGCAUUUUGGGGUGGAUGAAGAUCAGUUUGAAGAAGUGGCUGCAGAAAACAGGAAUUUCUCAGAAGUGUUGAGAAAACUGGAAAAAGAAAAACAUAAUGAACCAGAUCGGAUUCAAGCACUAGAGAAAACAAAAGCGAGUUUACAAACAGACCAAGAGAAAUAUAAGAAAUAUCUUGAGGAAAUGGAAAAUCAUAAAGCUCUUCUAGAACAGAGAGCCAAAGCAAUCAAAGAAGAAAUAGAAUCCACAGUACUGGAGUUGGAUGCAAUUAAUGAAGAGAACAAAAGAUUGCAGCAGAUAUAUGAUCGGCAGGAAACUUCAGCUGUUGAUGUAAUGAAAAUCAAUCGCGAGAAAAAUGAAUUGCAUCAGACAUUAAUUUUCCUGAGCGAAAGUUUGGAAGAUGCAGAGAAGAGGAUGUGGAAUGAAGAGAUAAAAGUGUCCAAGGCCAAGGAAUUGCUGGAAGUCAGACUGCAGGAGUAUCAUACUAUGGCUCGGAAACUCAAACUAAUCCCCAAAACAGCUGAAAAUGCUCAAGGACGUGAUUUUGAGAUAAAUUUUGUGGAUUUUGCCGCAGGCAAAAAGAAUUUAUUGCAAAAUACAUUAAAAAUAAAGCAUGACUUAAUGGCACUCGUAAAGCAACAAAAUGAAGAAAUUCAGCACCUAAAAGACAAAAAAAUUAGUGGACAAGAGGCAAAUGAGCAAAUUCAGACCAUGAUGGAUGACAAGGCAAAUGAUUUGAAGAUGUUAAAGGAACAAAUCCGUAAAGUGGAUGAAACGAUUGAUCAAGAAAAAGAGGAAGAUAAACAAAAAAUGGCAAAGCAACAUGAAGAGAUUGAAUCACUACAGAACAAGGCAAAAUGGCUACAGAAGACCUCGAAAGAAGAUUUAGAUGAAGCAGUUGGACAACUGAAAGCAGCUAAAUACAGGUAUGAUGAAGUGGAACAGAAGACCACAGAAGCAAGGAGAAAAGCGAUUAACAACAUGCAUUAUUCCAUGGAUACAAUGGGCCAUCAUGUUGCCGGUGUAGAGAAGUUUCUUGAUAAUUAUCAAAAAUGUGCUGAGAGAGACUAUGAAGAACUCUUGAAAGAAGAAUUUCUGAAGGAUCUGAAGACCAUAACUGAACUCUGCAAAGAGAAGUGUAGUUCUCUGUGAGCUGUGGCCAGUUUUUUGUACAUUGUACAGAUUUAUGAUGUUUCCCUGUAUACAAUUUAUAUUGCAAAGCAAGUUUACACUGCUGUAAUAACCCUUCCCUACAUGCCCCUUAGACUGCAUUUCUUCCUCUGGCUUCAUAAUUUGCAUCUUAAAUCCUUUUGUCUUGACACCUGUUAUUUUGUCAUGUCUGGCCUUUAUCCAACUAUCUGCCGAUCAAAGCCCCCCCCCCCCUGCCUGUUCACCUAAUAACUACCAUGCUUUGUUCUGCUCCUCUUCCAGCUUUCUUAACACCUCCUCUUCUCCCCCCCCCCCCCCCCCCAACCUGAAACGUCACCUAUUCUCAAAGAAUGCUGCCUGGCCUGUUUAGUUACGUGUUACUUUGCGUCUUACACUGUUGGAGACUGUUUUCCAGCUAGUCAAACGUAUGGAAGAUUAGGCAGUGUUUGCUUAAUGUAACUUCAAGGCAUUAAAUGUAUUCCUCAGCUUUUCAGCAAAAUCAUUCAAGUAGUGUCUUUGGAUAUCUGGCAGAAUAAGCUUUGGAGCCUAGACUUAGUUCAUUCCAUUCAAGUUCUUGAUGAUCGAUGAAGGUCAUCAAUGCAAGACUGGAACAAGUAUGCAGAAAAUGUUAAGAAUUAUUGCUGCAAAAUACUUAAUAAAUGAGCAUCAGUUUGCAUUCAUUUAUAA